AUGGAUAAUUAUUAUAAUACUUUGAACAUUGCCGAAUUUUUAUUACAAAAUAAAAUCCGAAUAUGUGGCACAAUACGCGCCAAUAGAUUGCCAAAAUGUUUAAAAACAAAAUCGUUAAAACUACAAAAAGGGGAGAGUAUUUUCAAACGGAAAGGUGAUAUUUUGUUGCAAAUUUGGAAAGAUAAGAGAGAGGUUCGAAUGAUUUCGACAAUUCAUAAAUUUGAAAUGGUUGAAUGCACUGAAAAAUAUAAAACUAUACAAAAACCGAAAUGCAUUGCAGAUUAUAAUUUAAACAUGAACGGUGUCGAUCUUGCAGAUCAAUAUCUAUCAUAUUACUCAAUAUUGAGAAAAACAAUUAAGUGGCCUAAAAAGAUAGUAUUAUAUCUCGUCAACUGCGGCCUGCUCAAUGCAUUCAAGAUUUAUAAUUCGUGUAAUAAUGAAAAAAUGAAAUAUAAAGAUUUUCUACUUGCUGUGAUGAAAUUGUGGACGACGGAAGAAAAAUCAACGGAUACAUUUAUGGAUGUAGAACAAGGUGUUUCAAAUACAACAAAUCACCUACAUGUCGACCCACCAUGUGGACUCUCUGGUAAUAUGAAACAGCAUAUACUGGAACCAAUACGCAGUAAAGGCAAGAAGAAGUUCCCAACCAAACAAUGUAAAGUUUGUUCGUGCAAUGGAAAAAGGAGCGAAGCAAUGUAA